GCUAGCCCUGUUGAACAAGAGGGGUUUGUGCCUCGUAGCCCUGACACCACUCUGGACUCUUCUAAGCCGGAAAGCCGCCCGCGCUUUGGAGGUCAUUUUGCCUUUUAUUCACGACCUGCGUCACCUCGCAGCCUGUCGUCUUGAGGCGGGGGCAAACUUCACAUUUCUACUCCGUACUUGCGUUGGUUCCGAAGGUUUCGUCGAAGCUGAAACGCCGUCACGUCCCUGGACGACAUCCCAACACCAGAAAUGACAUCCUCAGAAAGCGAGGGACAAGUUCCUUCUAGAAAGCGCUCAAAGAUCGGUGGGGGUGAGGAAGGUGGUAGCAAGAAGGCUAGAGGACGGCCAAGAGUGGAUACUCAGGAUGCGACGGCCGCCGAUCGUCGUCGCACGCAGAUCCGGCUUGCGCAGCGGGCUUAUCGGCAACGAAAGGAAACAACAAUAUCCUCCUUGAAGCAACAGAAUGGUCAGCUUCAGUCUAUCAUUGAGGAGAUGAACAAAUCUUUCCUAAGUUUUAACGAAUCCGCUCUCAAAUCAGGGAUCCUUCGUUUAAAUCCUAGGCUAGGCCAGGAACUGAAAAAUGUGGCAGAGAGCUUGUUCACUCUUGCUAAGACUGCUGCUUCUGAAAGAAAUCAUGAAGGGGACGAGGAGACCGGAGAAGCUGGUCUUGAUCCAGCGACUGAGUUGCACAAGGCCACUUCAUCAGCACUAGCGUCUAGGGAACAAACCCAAACUCAUGAUGCUAACCUGUCAACGCUAGGAACGCAUACAGAUAUAGGGUGGGGUUACUCUGCGACUGUAUCCGCAGAAUCUCCCACGUCUGCGGAUACGAACUCUCCCCACCAAGGAAACUAUGGGCAUAGUACCUACUUUCCUCCUAUGGCAAGUUCGCCGUAUGAGACGACUGGAAGAGAAAAAAGCCUUAUGCGAAUGCGACCUGGUGCUGGUACGGUUGGUCAGGUCUCGGAUCAGUCAAGAACCCAUCUCCACAACAACACUAGCUCGGAGCAGCUUCCAUUUGGCUUGGUUGACCUCCUGACACGAGACUGCUCUCAGUAUCAGUCCAACCCACAGAUCUACUCUGUCAACAUCCCCUCCCCAGAACUGACUCCGCCAUUAUCAAGACUGCACUCCCCGCCACUACUUCCGAGUCUAUCUACCAAAACGCCGGCACCAAUCUACACCUAUAGUCAACAGGAGACGACUUUUGCCCGUCGCCUUACCCGUGCUGCUCUGGAAUGUGGCUUUCACCUCUUGAGCUCAGCAACUUUGCGACCAGCCGCACUCAACUACGUCUUCAAACUAUCUCUACCGUAUAUGACCGUAGAUCAACUACGAGAGAAGUUCAAGCUAUUGUUAGCGCGUGGAAUACAUGAGGACUUGGACUCUUACGACACGCCAUUCAUCCACCUCGGCGGUGCAGGCACGCACUACCCUAGGAAAGACUCUCAAGGAAAUAUAAUACCUGUACCCAAUUCUUGGACGGUGAGGAAAGUUGGACCGAUGCAAAAGAUACGUGCGCAGAACACUACAUAUCCUUCACAGACACACGACCUUGACAUCGACCUUACCGGCUUUGAGGGCGAAUGGUUCGACGGCCACGAUGUCCAAGGAUAUCUUGAAUCUGAGAAGGGCUGUGUCAUUAACCCUCAAGACACGUUCACUGAAGUCUUUGUUGAAGAGGAAGAGGAAGCACCUGCAGGACUUAGUAGCCUAUCUUACUCAAAGAGCGUCAACUUGAGCCUUGAUCUGUCGGGUGCCGGCGGGAUGUACCCGUCUCAGAGUCCCGUGUUGAGCAAUUCAUCAACAACGACUGCAGAAACUCUCUCUAGCCAAAGCACACCGGGAACCAGCAUUAGCGACCCACUAUCCGGACGAGGUAGCACAUCUUUCAUCCGUUCUGAGACACCUUUCGGUCUUGACAUGGGCAUGAGCAACUUCAAUGACUUCGCUACUAAGUUUAACGAUAUCGACUCUGCUACUUAUUUUGACCAGCCGCUUGGUCUUGAUUUGGCUCCUGGCUUCGACGUUGGUCUGAAUGGUACUACAAUGACCGGUUUUAGCACCAGCGGAUUCGGCGACAUGCCGAAUCUGGGGCUGGAUCUGACGGGUUUAGAAUUUGAGCCUCUCCCAGUUGUAAAGCAGAAGCGGAAGCGGGCAGCCUGGCUCGACGUUAGCAAGCUGAUUGAUGAAAUAGUUAAACAUGGAGUUUGCCUGGGUCGCUCCCCUGGCUUCCGAAUAAAGGACGUCGAUAUGGCGUUCAAGGCUUCUUUAAUUCACUUUUGAUCUGGGUCAUGAAUUUCCUUCGGAUGGGUUAAAUGCUAAAAUGAUUUGGUGCUUGGUGUUGGGUUGGGGCAUGAUUUCACUCCACACGGCUGGGUAAAAUGUGAAUUGGAGGAGUUAAUGCUUCUGGAAUCACGGAGGCAUGGACUCAGGCCAAUUUUUCAGGGACAGAGGUAUUUGAAUCGUAGGCUUCGCUAGAUUAGCCUGAAGUGCUAGGUGUUUCCGGAACCUAAUGGUUCGGUUCGACUUCAUAGAGAAC